UAUCAAGAUUAUUCAUUCUGUCCACUGUUGCAUCACCAAUUAGUCUCGUCAUGCAUUCUGUGAAGAAUGUGUAGUCACUAAGGUUCCCAGACCCAAUGCAAAGUAACUAAACCUUUUAUUUUCUUUCUUAAAAAAAGAAGUCCUGGCAGGUAUCUCAUGUCAGCUAACACCUUCUAAGUUGUCCCAGAUGAGGCGCUGAACCACCUGAAAAACACACUUGCCUUAGUGGCAACUCUUUAAUCUAAGGCACAGUCACCAUUGUCGGAUUUGACACGCAGCCUAGACUGAUAGUUCUGUUUACUACGAAGGACCUACUUCAUUGUAAAAGCUUCCCAGCAUCCACAGUAUUCUACUUUUAGAAAUACUAGGAAGUUUACUUAGAAAUCAUUGUUUCCGUCAGAAACAUCAUAUAGACCAUUUGAAUUCCUGAAUUACGCUUGAACUAGCUGAACAAACCAGCAGCAGUCAUUCGAUCUUGAUCUGACAUAAUGACACACAAGUUACAGUAGCAUGGCUGUGAGUUUCAUUGUUAGACAUACCUCAUAUUAAAUCAGCGUCAGAAGAAUCCAGUUUGUGCAUCCCUUCUCUUCCUGUGGUGUCUUGUCAAGAUGAAGCAGCAUUAACUGGUGACAUUCAGGAGCUGUGCACUUCACCCUAAUUUGUCACAUGUCACUUUGGAUCUGUGAUGGUGCUGAUACAUUGACCUUGGGUGAAAAGUGGACAAUAAAUUUGAAGAUGAUGCAACAGCUUAAAGUAACCAUUACCUGUGAAGAUAAACAGAUUUAUGUGGCAACCAAGAAAUAACAAGCAAUUACCAAGCAUCACAACCCAAAAUACUCCUGUGAACAUUCUAAAAAUGAGGAGUUUGUUUCCCAUUUGGUCAGUCUUCAAAAUUGCUUAUUAUCUUCAAGGUGAUCUGGAGGCCAGAAGCAAGGAAAGUGAAAUUGCUCAAGAUUCCUGUAAGAUGCCUUCACAGCGUGCCACUGUCAAUAAUGCUGAAUACAAGGUGGUACCUCACACCAGAGUUGAUGAUGAAUUUGCUAUUCGGCAAAUCUAUAACUUUGGUCAAAGGCUGGGUCAAGGCAGCUAUGGGGUAGUGAUAGAGGCCACACAUAAUGGCACUGGCAAGAAGUGGGCAAUCAAAAAGGUCAAUCGGGAAAAGGCUGGGAGUUCAGGGGUGAAGCUGCUGGAACGCGAAGUCAGUAUUUUAAAGCAAGUGGACCAUGAACAUAUCAUUCAUCUGGAAGAGGUGUUUGAAACACCCAAACGGGUAUACUUGGUGACAGAGGUCUGUGAAGGCGGAGAACUAAGUACAGUCCUUCAUAGAAAAAAACGCUUAAGUGAGAAAGAGACGAGACAUGUGAUUCGAAGCCUAGCAAGUGCAAUUGCUUACCUACAUAAAAAUGAUAUUGUCCAUCGGGAUUUAAAACUGGAAAACAUCUUGGUUAAAAACAAUGAAAGCGACAGUGAAAUUGACAUGAAACUGAACAUCAAGGUAACUGAUUUUGGACUUUCUGUACAGAAAGGGGGUGUUGGUAGUGACAAAAUGUUACAGGCAACCUGUGGAACUCCUUUGUAUAUGGCUCCAGAAGUUCUCAGUGCCCAUCAGUAUACCCAACAGUGUGACACGUGGAGCAUUGGAGUCAUUAUGUAUACAUUGCUUUCAGGAGAUCCACCAUUUGUGGCCAACUCAGAAGAGAAGCUUACUGAGUUGGUAAACAAAGGAGAACUACACUUUGAUGAUUCAAUUUUACAGCAAAUCAGUGAUGGUGCAAAAGAUGUGCUGUCUCGUCUUUUAAAAGUGGAUCCUGCCCAUAGAAUCACAGCCAAUGAGCUUCUUGACAACCCAUGGGUCACGGGUGAUACUACAGCCAUACAAAGACCACCAAACGUGCUUGAAAUGAUGAAACAGUGGAGAGAGGACCUGGAUGGAGAUGAAGAAGAAUCAAGCUCAAGUUCUGUACCGAGCAGUAUUUUUCAUGACAUGGAAACUAGCCAGGACGGUGGGGAGAGUUCUACCAGCAGCAAUGGUACAUCAAAUAGUUCCAGAGAAAUUGACGGGGGUAGUAAGCAGCCCCGCUCUCCAUCUACACAGAGCACAAAGAAGAAUACCAUUGCAAGUUUUUCUGUUGAUGGAUCACUUCCUGUGAAGAAAACCACCAAAUUCAGCAGCAAUCUUCCUGGGAGCAAGACUUCUCCAAAACUAAACAUGGCACGAACAUCAUUCCAAGAUAAACGAACAUGGUCACCCACACACUUGAUCCCAUCAAUCAGAUCAGGUUCUAUCUCUGGUAAGCCAGAGGUACGUAGAUCCAUAACCCCAAUUGGUGAUGCCUCUGGAUAUAAACACACAAAUAAGUCUGCUCCCAAAACCAAGAAGAGCACAUAGGAUAAGGAACGUCGAAACCACUAAACUUCAAAAUGAUGCCAAAUGCGAACACUUCAAAAAGCAACCAUGAAUUGCAAUGUUACAAGAUGACUUUGGCUCUCUUGUCUUUGCUGCUGAUCACUAUGUGUGCAUAAACACUUUUUAUAAAUCUUUGACUUAUAUAUUUCACUUUGUAGUAUAUAAAAUUUAAGAGGAAUGAAUGUAACAAGGAAACUGUUCACCAAUUAGCUUUCUUAAAGUAUUUAUUAAUACAGUACAGAUGGAAGACAUAAUUUAUCUUGCUUAGUUUUACCAGUACUGUUGAAAAUCAGAAGUAGUACAUUUAAGGUGUCUGAAUUUGACAUUGAAUAAUUUGCUGCAUUUGCACAUUAGAUUCAAUGUCAUUGCUCAUUUAUAUAGUUGCUACUUGAAUGCUGCAGUAACCCUUAAAGAGCCAAUCAAUGAAUAGUCUGCAAUGAAAAUUAGGACAUCUCUAUACAACUAGUUAACCAGGUAUGAAGAAAUGUAUUCAUUUUCAGCCUUAGACAAUUGCCCAUACAGUUAUGAUAACAUUGCCACUUUUAACAUGCAAAUUGAGUGAUUGUAGUGUUAUUUCCACAAAUUGUAAAUUUAUCAAUUUAAUAUUGAGUUCUCAAAAGGAGGUUAGUACAUGUAAAAUAUAUUAGAUAUAUAUUACCACUUAUUUACACAAGAAGUAUUACUGUAAAAAUGUCCUUUACAUGGCUAACUUCAGUGAACUUGAAUCUGGUUAUAUCUGAAAUAUGCAUAAACAUUUUCUGCUGUUCUGUUAAAAUAUAUUGAGUUGGCCUAAGCUGUACUGUAGCAUGACAUCAUGUACUAGGAAUCCAGAUAUUCCAUCUCAGUAACUGUCAGAGGAUAAUAGUAUCAGUUCUUGACUUAAGUUUUCUGUAGCAUAUAUGGGACUUUUAAAAGCAGAUGUUUUCUUUUGAGUUGGAAAAUAAAUAUUACCACCUUUGAAUGAAAACUUGCAGGGAUG